UCUAAUGUAUUCCAAGUUCACUUCCUCUGCUAUGACCAUCCUGUAGCGCUAAAACGGAAGCGCUCUUAGAGACAAAACCAGCGAGCAAAGCAGAUUUCAGAGAGUGAGGGAGAAUGCAGAGAAGUGGAAAGGUUACCAUGACAACACCUACAAUGCUUGGGGUCAUUGCCUCAGUUGGAAUACUGGCUUGUUUAACUGUCCCUGCAUCGGCUGGACCAGGCGGAGAAGUCUCAAUAAUGUUCCAUCAGUACUCCAACCCAGGCUUCAAGAAAUACGAAAAUGGGCGCGUUCGCUGCUGUGACGUGUUUUGUAGCGGCUGCGAUCCAUACUUCAACCUGUGCUUGAGAAUGCGGCCUUAUGGUAAAUGUCAUGCGCAGUUCAGGAGUCGGACAUACCGCAAAGCGUCACGAAACAUCAAUUUUAAAAAUGGAGCUAAUCUUGGCAACGGCAACUUCAAUCCGUUGACAUAUCAGUUCAAGGGCGCAUGGGAGGGAAAACUUUACAUUGACCUCACAGUAAAAGACUACGAUACAAUCACCAGAGACGACCACGUCGACUCGCUGAGUUUCAAUUCAACGGUCGUACCAAGUCCACGCAUGUUCCGUAUGUGGUAUCUCGCGACUAUGCGGGGGCGAGUUGCGGCGAUGUCUCUAUCGUAUAGUGUCCGUUGUAACAGGUACUAUUAUGGUCCUGCGUGUAGCACUAUUUGCAAACAAAAGGACGAUGCGCGCGGCCACUAUACUUGUGACGUCAUGACGGGACGCAAGAUUUGCAGACGAGGCUGGACUGGGCCGAGCUGUGACGUCAUCUUACGAAAUCCUACUCCAAUGAUUCAGCCUUCCCAGACACCGUCCAAAACACCGACGGUUAUACCAACAGACGCUAACCAGGGAACGGUUAUACCAACAGACGCUAACCAGGGAACAAUUAUACCAACAGACGCUAACCAAGGAACGGUUAUACCAACAGACGCGAACCAGAGAACUGCUUUACCAACAGACGCUAACCUGGUAACGGUUAUACCAACAGACGCGAAUCAGGGAACAGUUGUACCAACAGACAAAAUAAGCACAACACAACAUUCAGUCCCGGUCGUCUCGUCGCCACCACCAACUAAGCCAUCUCGCGCAUGCGCAACAGCAGCAGAGAUCGGUAUGUUAUUUGACGCGUCGGCAAGUGUCGGUCGCAGGAAUUUCAUUCUCAUGAAGUACUUCGCCGCUACCCUGGUGGAGGAGGUUGCGUCCAGUCCCCCGCGGUUCAGCCUCAUGAGAUACAGCCUUUAUCCGGAUUUAGUUCUUAACUUCAAGAAGUCGCGCAGGUUAACGGUGCAAAGCUUGGUGAGGGAAACCCUGGCGAUGAAAUCCAUGCGUGGUCCAACAAAGACGGAAAAAGCUCUAAAGGAAGCAUUGCUGAUGUUUUCCAAGCGUAACGGUGGAGGGGGAGGUGACCCGAGAUUUCUUAUAGUCAUGACAGACGGAAAAAGCGGGAUGAAGCACAAGGAUCUUAUAAAGACCUUAAAGUCCUUCAAGGAUCUUGGCGUGACAAUACUCUCUGUUGGUAUUGGUGGGGACAUUAGCCUUCAUGAGCUCAGAGCCAUCGCGAUGGAAAAGCGAAACAAUGUCUUUCAUUUGUCUGACUUUCGGAACCUGUACACGGUCAUGGCAAACUUGCGCCGCCAUAUACCGUGUACUGGUCAGCAGUGAAACUUUUAUACCCUGUUGUAUUUAAAUAUCUAUAAACGAUAAAGAUGAGAAUACUUA